AUGACAAGAGAUGAUGAUAUUGAGAAGCAUUCUAAAGCUAUUGAUGAAGAAAGGGAGAGCGUUGACUUUUUCUCCAAAUCAAUUUCAUUCUCCAAAAUCUGUAAACCCUCCCUUUGUGAUGACUUUGUUGCCAAACUAGACACUCUAAUUGUUUGUGAAAAGGGUGUUUCUGUUUGCCGUGAUAUAGCUGCUAAAGGAUUAGAAGGUGAUCUCUUUAUUGGGACUAGUCUUGUUAACAUGUUUUGUAAAAUGGGUCGUUUGGAUACUGCAAGGAAGGUGUUCGAUAAAAUGUCGAAUAAAGAUGCUGCUUCUCGGAAUGUGAUGAUUUCCGGGUUGUCGCAUAGCUUGCAUCCUAGUGAGGCUGUGGAAAUGUUUUGGAAAAAUGCAGAUGGAGGGUGUGGAGCCUGA